GUCUUAAAAAGUCUAAAAAAGUCUAAAAUUACACAUUUUCAAUUUAAGGCCUAAAAAAGUCUAAAAUAUAGAGAUAUUUCGCAGUGUAAGUCUAAAAUUGGGUUUGAGUAAUUUAAGACCUACGUUUCAAUGCAAAAUAUCGACAAAGGAUUAUUUUUUUGUUUGUUUGUUUUGUUUUUACGUCCUUUUCCACGCCGUUCUGUUUUUUUCUUUUUCUGUUAUGGUGGCAGUUAUGGUCCGUGUAGUUCUACAUGACAUGUGCUGUUAGUGGAACGUACAAUAAUAAAACUACAGAUGUGAAACGGAAAUGUACUGUCGUCACAGGAUGCAGCAGCAAGUAUUUUGAUUCUCUGUGUGCGAGCAAGGCGGGAAUAGUUACGAAGUAGGAUAACGUCCGAAUGGCAGGAGAAAGUUAAAAAAAAGGAUGGGUAAAUGUAAAUUCAACGACAAUUGGCUCUCAAUAGGGCAAUUUGCAGACUGGCUGAAACGCGUUCCCGCUGAUGACAGUGAGGCAUACUGCACGUUUUGCAAAAGAACUCUUAAACUCGGGACCCUGGGCAUCAAGGCACUGGAGUCUCACACAAAAUCCAGCAAACACCAGGAGUCGGCAAAUGCAGCACGCAAUUCCCAUGGAAUUGCCCAGUUCUGUUCAGUAGCAAGCAGCACGUCGUCAAUAAAUAAUACGGGUAAUAUUCGUGAUCUAUUGGGCUCCACUGAUACAAUGAAGGCAGAAGUUCUGUGGGCGCUUAACACAGUGGCUAAACACCAGUCAUGCAGAUCCAAUGACGGCAUCGGAGAGCUUUUCCAAGCGAUGUUCCCCGACUCCACAGUUGCCAAAACAUUCCAAUGCGGGAGAGACAAGACGUCGUACAUACUCCGAUUUGGAGUGGCAGAGUUCGUCAAAAAAGAGCUUAUCUCAAAGGUGACCGGGCCCUUCGUCAUUAUGUUUGACGAAAGUCUUAACCACGCAACAAAGAGGAAGCAACUGGACCUUCACGUAAGGUACUGGGAUGACGGCCAGGUACAGUCCCGGUACCUGGGCUCACAAUUUAUGGGCCAUGCCACAGCAAACGACUUGCUGAAGGAGAUCAAAGAAUGUGCGGGCCACCUGGACCUCAGCAAGCUGAUUUCGAUCUCAAUGGAUGGUCCAAAUGUAAAUUUUAAGUUCUUUGAGCUGUUCCAGGCGGAAUAUGCUGACCUGUACGCUGGUUCUCAGCUCAUAUCUGUUGGUAGCUGCGGGUUACACACCGUACACAAUGCCUUUAAAACAGGCUUCUCAUCGUGGCAGGUGGACAAGAUCCUCAGGGCCUUGCACACAUUGUUGCAUAAUGUUCCCGCAAGACGAGAGGACUACGAGAAGACCACCAGGUCUACCCGCUUCCCGUUGGCAUGGUGUGGGCACCGAUGGCUGGAAAACUUGCCUGUCGUGAUACGAGCGUUGGAUAUCUGGUCAUCUAUGCUGGUGUACACCAAUGCUGUGAGGAGAAAGGAGCUUCCAAAUCCUGGCACUGGAAGCUUUGCUGUAAUCGAAGAAGCCCAGAAAGAUCCCCUGACUCUACCUAAGCUGCAGUUUUUCAGGAGCAUCGCCCAGCUAUUUGAUCCGUUUUUAAGGAAGUACCAGACUGAGGAGCCGCGGUGAUGCCUUACCUAGGCAAAGAUCUGGCAGAGUUGAUCAAGAGUCUGAUGCGUCGUUUCGUGAAACGAGAGGUUCUGCAGGACAUCACCACAGCCCAGCUUACCAAACUGGACAUAGGUGACAAGAAUAUCUUGAUGCCGGUGCACUGUGUUGAUAUUGGCUUGGGUGCUGAGGAGGCCCUCAAGAACAGCAAAAGUUCAGACCUCAGGAUUCUUGAAUUUAAAAGGGACUGCAUGCAAGGAUUCUCAAGCAUGGUGAAGAAAGUACAGGAGAAGAGUCCUCUUAAGUACAGUACCGUUAGGCAGAUGGAUUGUCUAGACCCCACAGUGAUGAGCAGUGAUCCAGACGGCUGCAAGGCAAAGAUGAAGGGACUUGUGCAGACAUUUCUGCUCAACAGGCAGCUGGCAGGAGGAGUUUGUGCUGGUACUAGGAGUUCUAGAAAGGGCUGAGGAAAAUUAUGCGUGCCACUUUCAGAUAAUCUUGUAUAUUAUAUUUAGCAUCUGCAUUUAGCAACUGAUCAGUAUUUAUUGUAUGUCAAAAUAUGAUCACAAUAUAUUUGAGUGUAGAUCUCUUAAGUUAGGUUACUCCAGCAAAUCAUUUCCAUGCACCCGUUUUGUGUGGUUUAAAGACUGUACCCCCACAGAGCUGUAAGGAAAGCCACAAUGGUGAUGACUAAAUGGAAGCCAUAAGUAAAUUUAUUUUUACAUCUUUUUGUCUCAGGGGACACCAUUCUCCAACAGUUCGAUGCUGCGUUGUCUGUGGAGUGCAGGCAUGAAGAUUUCAUCUCCUUCAAGCCAAGGCAAAAGAGGCUAGAUGGCUUCCUUCAUAGCUUCAUCGGCAAGGCAUACCCAGAUCUUUGGGCGUUUUGCAAGACCCUUUUACUGCUUUCUCAUGGUCAGGCGUCUGUAGAGAGAGGCUUCUCAGUGAACGAGACGGAGAAUAUGCAAGAAGAAACAUUGGUCGCACACAGGCUUGUUUACGACUACGUUGCAAUACAUGGGGGCGUUACCAAGGUUCCACUUACUCCUGACCUAAUGAAAUCUGUCAUGGCUGCCAGGUCACGGUACCGUGUGCAUUUGGACGAACAGAGGAAGAAGAAGGAGACAGAGACACAAGGGAAGAAAAGGGCACACGCGGAGGAGCAGUUACAAGACCUGAAAGUCAAGAGGGACAGUCUACAUAAAGUUACUGAGAGCCUGGGCAAAGAGGCAGAUGAGUUGGCAGAGCAAGCAGAGGGCAAGGCUGGGAGCAAAAUGGCACAUCUGAUUUCAAAAUCAAAUGCUCUGAGGAGGGCUGCCAAAGACAAGCUCUCCCAGCUUAAGGUUCUGGGGGAUGAAAUUGCCACCAAAAGUGCAGAGCUUAAAAGCAUGUAAAUAAUGUAAAUAAUAUGUUUGUUUCAUUGACAAUAAAUGUAAAUUGACGGCAA